ACAUUGUCGCUGAUUGGCUGACAGCCACGCCUCUUCCUCCAAUGUGGCGGGAGCUCAAGCCUCACUAUAAUCGUGUUAUAAAACUUCCAGAAGCGGUAUUAAAAAGGCUUAUCAAGAAAGUUAAGAUGACAAGAAAUGAAAAUUCAAAGAGGAAACGGCUCAACACAGCUGCCAAACAAGAGAAUAUUUCCCUGCCAUCAUACCACAGUUUCCCAGAUGCUGCUGAAGUGGUGCUGCUCCGUUCCCACCUUUUAAACUGGUAUGACAAAGAGCAGAGGACACUGCCAUGGAGGACACUGGCAAGGACAGAAGAAGACCUGAACAUCAGAACAUACGGAGUGUGGGUAUCAGAAAUCAUGUUGCAGCAGACUCAAGUUGUAACCGUUAUCGACUAUUAUAACAAAUGGAUAAAACGGUGGCCAACAGUACAGGAUCUAGCAGCUGCCACACAAGAGGAAGUGAACCAGAUGUGGGCAGGGCUUGGCUACUAUUCUCGAGGCAAAAGACUUUAUGAAGGAGCUCAAAAGGUGGUUUGUAAGUUAAAUGGACAAAUGCCUCAGACAGUGGAAAGUCUUAUAAAACAACUGCCAGGGGUUGGACGUUAUACUGCUGCUGCUAUUGGCUCUAUUGCACUUGGACAGGUUACAGGAGCAGUGGAUGGAAAUGUGAUUCGUGUGUUAUGUCGCUUGCGAGCUAUUGGAGCGGAUAGCACAAGUCCUGCUGUAACAGAGGCACUAUGGAAUAUAGUUAAUUUGCUUGUUGACCCAAGCAGACCAGGAGACUUUAACCAGGCCAUGAUGGAGCUGGGGGCCCGAGUUUGCACUCCUAAAGCUCCUCUCUGCAACCAGUGUCCCAUACAGUCUCACUGUCGCUCCUAUCAAAAGGUUAAUUACACACAAGAACAAAACACUACUAAGCUUGUGGGUAAGACAAGAAAGAGAUCUCCAUCUGUUCCUGACAUAGAGGAAUGUGUGGACAGUGGUGCAUGCCUACUAUGUCCCUCUGAACCCUGGGAAAAUGAGCUUGGGGUCAUGAACUUUCCCAGAAAACCAGCAAAGAAGCCCCCACGAGUAGAGAGGACACUCACCUGUUUGGUCAUCAGACGUGGAGGAGAUGGACAGGACGAGUACCUGCUCACACGAAGACCCAACAAAGGUUUGCUGGCUGGUUUAUGGCAAUUUCCCAGUCUCUUAGAAGUCGAAAGCUCUGAUGUUGAACAGAAGAGGGCGCUGCUGUGCAGUGAGAUCGGCAGAAUUCUGGGAACAGUCUUUCCUGAAAAUCACAUUCAGUUUGUUGGAGAGGUGGUUCACAUCUUCUCACACAUCCAUCAGACUUAUGUUGUGCACAGUGUCCGUUUAAAUGACCUGAGCUACGAGGACCUCAGAGAAAACGCUCAGUGGCUCAGCAGAUCAGCUCUACUGGAGGCAGCAGUUUCAACAGGAGUGAAAAAGAUUUUGAAGGUUUAUGAUUCAGUGGAGAGUGACAAACGUCAAACCACAAAUGAACCAAAAAAGAAGAAAAUGGCAGAUUUGAAGAAUAAUGUGAAAUCUAAAGGCAAACAUUGUGCAGCUAAAAGUGACAGUAAACAGCUCUCUCUGACGUCUUUCUUCAAAAACACCAAAAAGGAAAACUUAUGAAUUGUAACCUUCAUGUACAAUACUAUUAUG